AUUUUGGAAAGCAAGUGAAUUUUGAGUACAUGCUGGAUGAUCACCCAGCACUGAAAAUCAGGAAUCUUAUGGACACAACAUUACAGAAAGCCGAGAAGGGUGCUAUAAUACACGGUCACUACCGCUACAUUGACAUGUAUGGUUCACCCAAGAGACCCAUCCUGGUGAGCAUGCUCCGUGAUCCCGUCGACCGAUUCGAGUCUCAUUUUUACUUCAUGCGAAACGGUGAUCAAGAUAUGAGCAAAGAAUUCGUCUUAAAAAGACUAAGUCCAGGAAUGGCUCUGCCUAACGAGACAUUAGAUGACUGUAUAGAGAAAGACCGAGGAGACUGCACGUCAAGCUUGUUGCGUAACAUGUAUGUCACAUCAUUCUGUGGUUAUGAUCCAAGAUGCAGUGAGUAUCCCUCCUUUGCUUUGGAAGAAGCCAAACGCAACGUAGACAAGUUUUUAGUGAUCGGAGUGAUGGAAGAGUAUGAUCUCUCUAUGGCCGUCUUUGAAAAGCUAUUGCCAGAAACAUUUGGAGGAGCAGCGAAAAUCUACGAAGAGAACAAAGAACAUUCGAUGGAGAAAUCGAAAACAAACUACAAGAAACUGCCUUCUCCGAAAACAUACUCCAUUUUAAAACAACGGAUGAAGUAUGACUACGCAUUCUACGAUUAUGUCAAGAAACGCCUGCAUAAAGUCGCAAAAAAGCUUGGUAUUGGAAAUUGUUCUGGUUCAUGAUAGCUAGGGUCGGAAAUUGAAUAAAAUUAACUUGAUCAGAUAGAAAUUCAAAUAAUGGUCGUCGUUUAUCAAACUGUUUUAAUUUCUUUUGAUAGCCCCCACUUUACUCAAAAAUAAAAACUCGCAAUUUUAGCCAUCUCGUAUACCUCAAAACUUUCCUAAUCGGAUGAGCCUAGCCUAUGAAGGGUUUUUAUCCGACAUAUGGCGCCAUAUAGAUGCUGUAAAUCAUCAUGUCCGUUGAUAGAAGUUGUUUAUAUCUAUUUACUUGAUUUACAUGAAAUUACUCGUUAUUU